AUGGAAAACUAUAAUAUAAAUUCAAAUCAUCAACUAUCCUCUAUGCUUAGAAAUAUGGAAAACAUUCAUACCAUAAUUCAAAGUCCAAUUGACAAUCAUAAUAAUGAGCAAAACAAAGGUUCUUUUAAAAUUUUAGAUAUUGGUUCAUCUCAUGGAAGAAAUUCUAUAAUUUUUUUAAAUUCUAUUUUAUCAAAAAUUAAACCACAAAUAAAUGAUGGAACUAUAGAAGUAUAUCAUUGCGAUUUAGAAAUAAAUGAUUUUUCAAAAUUAUUUUUAGAAAUUAAUAAAAAUGAAAAUUCAUACAAAAAUAAAUGGAACAAAACCUUCUGCUAUGCAAUUGGAAAUACCUAUAAAAAUCAACUGAUGUCAGAUGGAUCAUGUGAUAUUAUUUUUUCAUAUCACUGUUUCCAUUGGUGUAGCUAUGAAGAUACACUGCUUUCAGGAGCUGAUACCUUGGUACGAAUUAAAGAGUCCUCUCUUUGUCCAAAAGUAAAAGAAUUUAAUAUUGAUCAUCUAUCUACAAUUCUUUCUCAUCGUAAUAAUGAAUUAAAAAAAGGUGGUAUUUUUAUUUGUAAUUUAUUAAUAUUCGAAAAAGAAAACGAAAUAACAUAUUCAAUAGAAUCAACAUUUACAAAUAUUAAAAAUAUUUUAAGAGAAAUGGCAAAUGAAAAUAAACUAUCUCAUAGAGAAGUUGAUAAUAUAUUUGUACCAUUUACUUUUUUUAAAAAAGAUGAAGUAGAUAUAGUUGUAAAAGAAGUUGGAUCAAGAGGUUUAAAAUUAAUACACUCAGAAAAAACUUAUGAAACUUGGGAACAAAAUGAAAAGUUUGUUGAUAGUGUAUUAUCAAUUAUUUCCCAUUCAAUUAAAAGACCUUUGGAAGGUGAUGAAGAAAAAAUAAAUUCAAUCUUUGAAGAAUUUAUAAAGAGAUUUAAAAUAAGUUAUAAAUUAAAUCCAGAAUUGUAUUGUUUAUACAUGUGUUUUAAAUUAUUAAUUUUUAAAAAAGAAUAA